AUGCCUAUUAUAAAAUCUUUUAUCAUAAAGAUAUUAGUAGUUUUACUUGUGGCCUUGGUUGCUGUCACUCAGGCUGUAUCUAUCAAUGAUCUGAUAUCAGCAGAAUGGACUAAUUUCAAGGUACAACAUAAAAAAAUCUACCAAAAUGAGAUUGAAGAAAAGUUCAGAAUGAAGAUCUUCAUGGAAAAUAAACAUCAUAUUGCAAAGCACAAUUCCAAGUAUGAGCAGGGUCUGAUACCAUUUAAAUUGGGAAUGAACAAAUAUGCUGAUAUGCUUCAUCAUGAAUUUGUACAUACCAUGAAUGGAUUUAACAAGACUAAGCCAGGUAUGCUCCAAAGUUAUCAAAAACCAGUAGGAGCUAAAUUCAUUGCCCCAGCUCAUGUUGAACUGCCAAAGAGUGUAGACUGGAGGCAAGAAAGAGCUGUUACAGAAGUUAAGGACCAAGGACACUGUGGUUCAUGCUGGUCUUUUUCAGCAACUGGUGCACUGGAAGGACAGCACUUUAGACAAACAGGCAAAUUGGUAUCCUUGAGUGAACAGAAUCUUAUUGACUGUUCGGGUAAAUACGGUAACAAUGGUUGCAAUGGUGGUCUCAUGGAUAAUGCCUUCAGAUAUAUCAAAGACAACAAGGGUAUCGAUACCGAGAACACUUACCCCUAUGAGGUCGAGGAUGACGUGUGUCGUUAUAACCCAAGAAACAGCGGUGCCGAUGACGUUGGUUUCGUCGAUAUUCCAGAGGGAGAUGAAGAAAAACUCAAGGCAGCUGUUGCCACCAUUGGUCCAAUUUCUGUUGCCAUUGAUGCUUCUCACCAGAGCUUCCAACUCUAUCAAUCUGGUGUAUAUUUAGAACCACGCUCUGCUACCAUUUGUUAUGUGUAUUCUAAUAGACACACAUGUUGUUAG